AUGAGAGAAUAUAAAGUUGUGGUCUUGGGCAGCGGGGGUGUUGGCAAAAGUGCUCUCACCGUCAAAUUUGUUUCCGGAACUUUCAUGGAAAAAUAUGACCCAACAAUUGAAGAUUUUUACCGCAAAGAAAUUCAGGUUGACUCAGCUCCAUCGGUUCUAGAAAUCCUGGACACCGCAGGAACAGAACAGUUUGCCUCCAUGCGAGAUUUGUACAUCAAGAAUAGCCAAGGAUUCGUGAUAGUCUAUAGUAUCACUAGUAUUCAGACAUACCAGGAUAUCAAAACCAUGAAAGAUCAGAUUCAGCGGGUCAAAGGUGUUGAUCGGAUACCCAUGAUUCUUGUGGGUAAUAAGUCGGAUUUAGAAAACCAGCGAGAAGUCUCACCAUCAGAAGGUGCCUCCUUAGCUCAAUAUUGGGGGUGUCCUUUCUUGGAGACUUCAGCUAAAAGCACCAAUAACGUUAAUGAAGUUUUUAUUGAAAUAGUCCGAGAAAUGAACUCUAGUCCCAUACGGAAAAGCCAGGGAUGCUGUGCCGUUCUUUAA